CGUCGUCCGUGCGCAAUAUUUUCUCGUACGAUCGCGAGAGUCGCGCAAUACCGUCGGCGAUUCGCCUCGGUUAUCGCCCGUCGCGACGCAUCGCACCGCGCCGUGCACCGAGAUCGUCGGAAACGGCGGCAGCAGCAGCAGCAGUUGAAACUUCGCGAGCGAAGUGACGCGCUGACGAAUGGAACGGCACGGGCGAAAUUACGUGACAGCGUAACUCACGACGUUACUUGGCCCGACGUUGAGACGUCUCGUGAGACGAGUGGACGCAUCCCGCGUGUCUCGGCCGAGCCGCGACCCGAUCUUGGAAGGUCGAAUCGAUCCGAGCUCGGUUCGUUCUCCUCGGCCGGGCCCCCGCGAACGCUGGCCCGAGCGCGGACAUUUCCAGUGCACCGAGAAAAUUUCUACGACGAAAAUAAAGGUGAUCCCGUGGGGGAGUGACGGGCGUGUUCAGUGAUAUUAUCGUUGAGGGAAGCAUGCCGAACGCAGUGUCGUCACGCCUCGUCGCGUCGGCCAACGGGUCGCGAAAGGUCACGGCGCGAUCCUCGUGACCGAGCUCGAGGCUCGUGAGCGCACUCAUGUGUUUCAUCGGUAACGUGAAGCGGCGAUCUCGACAUUAGAGACUCCUCGUGUACGCCUCGAUUGCUGAUAUAAUUUUUAGCGCUGACGACGAUCAGUCGGGAAGAGACUUAUCCUCGAAUAUUCACUCAUUCCUCGGCUAUGGUUGUAGCUAGCAGCGGUGGGUGGGUACAAAAUGCCAGUUCGCCCGCCGGGCAGAACAACAACAACAAUAACAACAACAAUAAUUCCAACCUGAGCCCGCAGAACAACGCGCAGAAUAACAAGAUGACUGCCAAAGGCGUUCUGAUCUGCCGGGACAAUUCGCAUCCGUUCCAGGAGCGCACAUUGACCUUGGAGCAGCCGGUGAAGAUCGGGCGUUCAGUGGCGAGAGCGAGGGCUGCCGCGAACAAUGCGAUCUUCGAUUGCAAAGUAUUGUCCAGGAAUCACGCGCUGCUCUGGUACUCGUCUGGUAAGUUUUACCUGCAGGACACGUGCAGCAGCAACGGUACGUUCGUCAACAAUCAGAGGCUCAGUGCCUCUGGGUUGGAGUCAACGCCGAAAGAAGUGUGCUCCGGAGACAUAGUGCAAUUCGGCGUGGACGUCGUGGAAAGUACAAAGAAGGUCACCCACGGGUGCAUAGUGGCGACAUUGAAGCUGUAUCUGCCGGACGGUAAGGAGGCUAAAGCAAGCCUAAGCACCUCCGUCAGCUCGCCCGCCGGAAAUGUGUCUCUGGAAGAUCUCUAUAAGCUUAAUCAAGUGAUGCAGGAGGCUUCAAGACGCGAGAAAGCCUUGUACUCUAAACUGGGUUACUUGCAGCAGCUGGUGGAGAACACUCGGAAGGCCGCUAACCAGUCGUGGAAGGCGUUGAUCGCGGAGGAUCGUCUGCUAUCGUGGGUGGUGACAGUCGAGAAUCAAUUGGCAGUCUAUUCCAAGAAUUACACCGAGGACAAGAUCAGGAACGAGUUAGCGAAGCUUCAGGAUGAAAAGGCGCAAUAUCAGAACGCCGCCAAGGAGGCGUUGCAGAAGGUUCUGCAGGAGAAGCUGGAGGUCACACAGAGAUUGGUGCAACUGGAGGGACGUCUGAACGAAACGGAGGAGGAAUGCCAGAGUUUGCACAACGUAGCCAAGUACACUCAAACGGAGCUCCAGGAGCUCAGCGCCAAGUACGCGGAAACGCAGAAGAAACUGCAGGAGACGACGAACAAACUCUUGGAGAGCGAGGACAAGGUGAAGGACGUGUUGCUAAUCGCCGAGCAGGAGAAGCAGGAUCUCGCGAAGCGGCUCGACGAUAAGUCGAGAAUCGAGAAGAAUUUAUGGGCGAGACUGUGCGCUUCGCGAUUGGAUUCGGUGAACAUCUACAAGCAGAUCACUGCCCUGAGAAAUUACACGCAAACCCUGCAGGACAUGAAUCUGAAGCUGGAAGGAGUGGAGAAUUUCGACUCGAAGGGCUACGAGGAUCCCAUUGAGGCUAUAAACACGAUUCUCAACAAAUUGAACUCCAUUCACGUCGACAAUAUCGAGAUAGACGACAUCAAUCUUUAUUCGUCCAAAACCGAGCAGGAUAAUCAGAUAAAUUCGCCGGAUGUGGAUUUGAAGCAGCUCAAGUCCGACUCGUCCUUCACCAAGGAUCAACUGGAUGACUCGCAGAUGACGGACGACAAUCUCACGGAGUACAUCCUGCCACCGCCGCUGUCCAGGAGAACCUUGGUCAACGGCAGCCUGGCGAGUUUGGACAACGGUGACACGAACGCGGACUCUGACACGAACUCGGAGGCGACCGACGACACGUGCAGUAUUAACGAUGAUACGAGUGAAAAGUCUGUUAUAGAGAAUAAGAAGGAGGACCUGAGCAUCAUGGAGGAAGCGUCGAAAGAGACGUCGGCGCGCGGUAAAAUGGAGAUUCUCUACAUCAAUGCCAAAGCCGAGCUAGCGGAGGCGUAUUACGAGCCAACGGAACAAAGCGCCGAAGACUAUGACGCGACGGAGAUCGCGCUGGAAGAAGCGAUCAAGACGCCGAUCAAUGUUUCCGUCGUCGACGCUGCGACCAAGCCGGGUCGAGACGAAGUGACCGGGCACGGCCGGGCACCGGACGGCGAGGACCGCGCGGAGGUGGAUUACAUCAAGACCCUGAAGCCCGUUGUGAAGAACGACGCGAUGCAGCAAGCACUUCACUCCAGGGAUUACAUACUGCAGACGUUCAUCGGCUCUCUCGACUCCCUGCGCGGCGAGGACAGUCUCGAGGCGCAGCAGAUAGUGAAGCGUGAGCUGGAGGAGCUGAAGGACUGGCUGAUCCGCGAGCCGUGCGACGUCGUCAUCGACAAGCUGAAGGAGCUGUACUACCGCGCGAAAAACGACACGCAGCGGAUGCAGGAAGUGAACGAGGAGCUGGUGAUGGUGAAGGAAAAGUACAACGCGUUCGUCGAGGAGAAGGCGGAACUGUCGAAGAAGUACACGACCCUCAAGGCGCAGUGCGGCGAUCUGCUGGGCGCGAGUUACGCCAUACCGAUACACUACGUGGCACCGAUCGCGAUCAUGCUGCUGUGGAUGCUGUGGGAGAAACUGUUCUAAUUCGUUCCCCUUCCGCGUCUCUGACACAUAUAUUCCUUUCCGUACGUGUACAUACAAAAGCGCACCGCGCGACAAAUGGUUUUGCCUUUCGUUUUCCGUUCGUUCUUUCGAUAAUAUGUCGAGCGCAAAACUAACGUCUCGUUAAUUGUUUCGCCGAUGGCGGAUUGAGCACAAAUAAUGCGUAAAUGUCGAUGCAAUUGAAUGUUUUUUAUACGAACAAAAGCUAAGAAUUGUAUAUAUAUAUAUUGAUAUUCGUUUAAUUUUUCAAUCCGGGGAUAAUAGAGAUAUUUCUCCUAAUCAAUUCCGAUAUUGAGUACGAUCGUUAUCGCGUUACUUACGCUUUAUAAAGCUGGAGCGUGAUCAAAGGGGGUGGCAAUAAGGAGAAUCGUUUAUGCAAAUAUAUCACGUAUGUAUAUGGAAACAAGGGCUCUCUAGGGGAGGUAAAAGGUAGGCUGAAGGUGAAAUGUAGGUACGAUACCACGUAAAAUGUUCAACAUGCUGCCAAGUUACUGAGUAUCAUAUCUUAUAAUAUGGCUCAAAUCCGAUUUACAAUACGUGUUUCGUUUUGUACGUUUCGUUUGUUCGAAGAUGAUGUUGUUUCUAGCAUGGCAUGCUCUGAAGAUUUGAAUACGUACCCUUUCGCUGCGACUAUAUAGAAUUUACGAGUAACACUCUCGCAGCGCACACUUCCCAUCUUUUUUUCUAAACUUUCUUCAUAUCGUUUGUAUAUAAAUAAUUGUAGAAAGCGAACUCUCGCGCGCGUAACGAUUACAUACUCCAAACAUAAUCACCAUUCGAGUUAAGUAACAUGCUUUUUUAAACUCUUUAGUUGAGGGCGACUUUAGAGUGUUGAGAAUGACUUUGAGAGUGAGUAAAGAGAGAGAGAGAGAGAGAGAGAGGGAGAGAGAGUAUGUAUGUAUGUGUGUGAAAGAGAGAGAAGGUUGAUCGUCGCAUUCAUAUAUAUUAGUAUGCAUAUAUUAUAUGUUACAGCGUUACUCUCGCGUCUCUUCUAAUCAUAAGCCCAUUUAUUCUCGAGCGGCAAUUAAUCGCGAAACGCAUCGUAAUGCGGUGAAAUCUUAGAUCCUCCAACUUGGUUGCACGAUGAUGACGCUUUGAUCAUUUCUUUCCUUCGUAUAUGGGUAGCGUGACAAUAUAGGAUCAUAUUUGUUUGAGCCUAACAAAUAAUAAAUAAGCGAAAUGUAUUUACUUCUUGAAAAGGAAAGGAAAGAAAAAAAAAAGAUAAUGAGAAUUUCUCAGCACUUCAAUACCGUUCUAUCGAUUCUACCAUGGAAUGGCCUUGAUAUCACUUAUCGUCUUAAUGCGAGAAAAUCCGAUAUAAUCGUAGUUUUCUAUUAAUUCUUUUGAUACGAACCUGACGUGAAAACAAAAAUUGACAGUAUUUUCUUAAUUCGUUAGUUUAAUUAGAGAGUGCCAUCGCUCGUAGCAUACGUCUACUUUUACCGCAUUAGAUAAUGGAUCAUUGUGUGUCGCGAUGAACAAAAGAAGGUGUGCGUGAGAUUUUCCAAAAAAACAUGCUUGCUCGCAGGCGCGCUUAUUUGGCGGAUUGGGCACGCGCGUCAAAUUAUCAAAGUAAAUAUGGUAAAUAAAUGCUGUACAUAGAAAUUGUUGAUAUAAUCUUACUACCGAUGUAAUAGUCAUUAUACAAAAAGGGAAAAAAAUAAAGAUAAAAAUUAACUUAAUUAA